AUGGAUGCUGACCGAGGCCUUGUCGAAGCGAACCAACAAUAUCGGGAAGUGUCCAAGAUCGACACGGCAGUCACUGAGAUGAAAUGCUAUGGUCUAAAUUGUUCAGAUGUGAUAGACGACUACAACAGGGAUAGGAGGAGGAUAUGUUUGUGGUGCUCGAAAGGCCUGGCUCGACAAUUUGGAGGCGAAGACAGACUACGUUGGGAAGAGAAGCAGGUAGAGAUUCGUGCCGCGAGAGCUGCAGUCCGCUCUGCCGACAUAGCUGAGUACCACAGGAACCGCUUCCGCGCCUUCACAAUGUCAAGACGUGAGAUGCGUGGCACUACUCAAUGCGUCUUACUCACUGGAAGAGACGGGCCAGAACAUGAUCAACCGAUAUUUGUGCGACAUUUGGAUGCUACCAAUUACCGCAAAUUCCUACCCGACCAUGUUGCCCCGAGUCCUGACGAUGUCUAUCGAAGCAAAAAUGGUAGAUGGAGGUAUUCUACGGCGAUGAUGAAAUCCAUCAAUACAUGGAAACUAGGAAAAGGUCUCGAACCACCAGUAGGAGUCAAGCCGGAAGAUCUGUUCGCAUCCACUGCAGAAGGUGCUCUUACCUUAGCGCGACCGAACAAAGCCUUCCUGGAGGCUCCUCGUCACCCUACAAAGGCAUCAUGCCAGCUCGAACGAACACUCUUCGACAUCAGUGCCCAGUGCUACCAAGCAAGUAUAAUGUCUAUUGAGGAACACUCUAAUGUGCAGCGGAGAGUAUACCAAUGGCCAAAAAAGACACUACUUAAGCGACUGCUACUUGACAUACAAGAAGACUUGAAAGCUUGGGAAUGCGGCUUGGAUAACGGUCUGGCUUCCAGAGAACCGCUCUGGUUCUCGUACCUGCUCAUCAAAUCAAGAGCGGAGAUCAAGAGUGAGGACGGAUCCUAUAGGGCCGUCGGCCCACCGGCAGACAACGAUGAGGUCUCCGAGGAAGACGACGACAGCACACCUACCGAUACUACAGUACCUGAAACAAACACCACACACACAUGCCCCAAGCAAGAUCGACCAGAAGAGUACGAACACCUACCGGCGUUCUAUCAUAUGGGUGAAGAUCCUCUCUAG